CAUUCUACCACUACCGCUCGCGGCGCUCGCUUUUAUUUACCCCUACAAACACACACACAUACACGUACAUGCGCGCGCGCGCGCGCAAUCGCUCGCGCACGCACGAGAGACGCUGGACACGCUCCGCGCUCCGCUCCGCUCUCUCCCUCCCGCGGAUGAUAAACAUGGCUGUCGUGCAUUGUGAUGAUUAUCAGCGCGAGUUUGUGCGGCCGUGCGUCGCGCCGAGUGACCGCGAGUAAUAUGGAUGAGGGACGCCAGUCCCGGAGACCCAGGCUGUCGUCUGGGUGAGCAAUGAAUGUACUUCGUAUUUUGACACCGUGUGUGUUACAACGCAGACGCAUAAGGGGUAUUGAUAAUACUGAUAAAAGGGACUCCUGGUUCAUGAGAAGACAGCUUGGAGAUGCCUCUCACAUGACACAUAGAAUGGGUGCUUCUGCAUCAUCAAGCAUCACCAGCGUAGGUGGAGAUUCAGUCCAAGCAGCCAGACUCUCGGCGUCAAGUAGUCCGGAACAACAUGGCAUUGCAGUUAGAGAGAAAAAGAAGAAGAUGACAGGAUUUGCGACGCUACGCAAGAAGUUUAUUAGGAGACGCCGCUCCUCCAAAGCGUGUGAUCAUGGUAGAAUUAUUAGAGACCUGGUGUGCACAUGGAGUCACUUAGAAGCGACCGCUUUGCUUGAAGAGUACGAGGCGUUAGCUGCGUUGAAAGAUCUUCAUGUUCAAGCCGAAUUAGCUAGACCGCCAGCUGCUACGUUUAAGCAAGAUCUGUCGAUGUUAUAUGAUUACAAACAUUGCUCCGAUGUGGAUCUUGUAUAUAGAGGAGCGUGUUUUCCCGUUCAUAGAGCCGUGCUUUCCGCCAGAUGCCCGUACUUUAGGGAUCUGCUGGCUGGUUGUCCUGGAUAUGGUGCUAGAAUAUGUUUGGAGCUGCGAACUCCGCAUCUCGAAGUGCAAAUGUUCUCAGCAUUAUUACGAUAUCUCUACACUGGUGAUAUUUGUCCGCAUGAUGCGACUUUGGAAGCGAAUCUACUCCGACGGCUCGGGGAAGAGUUCGGUACUCCAAAUCCACUGGAGCAUGAUCUCAGAUAUUUACUGGACACCGGCGAUUAUGCGGACGCCGCACUCGUGUUCACGUCGGACAGCGAUUAUCAAAGACCGGAUAGUGGAAGUUCGGAGUACGGAUUUCGUCCGAAAUUAGAGCUGCCAUGUCACAAAGCGAUACUUUCCGCGAGAUCUCCCUUCUUCAGAAAUCUAAUACAAAGACGGACUAGAUCGGGCGAGGAUCACACAGAAAGGGCGCUUCACAUACCUACUAGAAUAGUGUUGGACGAGAGUGUGAUACCUAAACGAUAUGCCAGAGUAUUGCUGCAUGCUGUAUAUCUAGAUACCGUUGACUUGUCAUUAAUAUUGAGAGGAAGCGGUUGUGGGAAUAGCGCUGGUAGUUUGGGAGAGGUUCAAGCCCUGACACAUACGGGCCGAAUGCGACCGAGUCCAUUAGAAGAAGCGAUGGAAUUGUAUCAGAUUGGACGGUUUCUCGAGCUUGAUAUAUUAUCGCAAGGUUGCGAGGAUCUUAUUUUGGAGUAUCUCACCUUGGAAUCACUACCGACUGUUCUCAAAUGGGGCAGUCAACCUCACGGAUCAGCAUGGGUGCACAGACAAGCGUUACAUUACUUAAGGGAGGAAUUUCAGCCAAUUGCUUCGUCCUCGAUUCUUCAUCAGUUAGAUCAUGCCCACUUAGCGAAUGUUUUACAGAGCCAUUUUUUACAAGCGAGCGAACUUGAAGUACUGCAGGCAGUGCUCAAAUGGGGCGAACACGAAUUAGUACGUCGAAUGGAGGAUCGGGAACCCAAUUUGCUUAGUCAUACUGUGCACUCCGUGACGAGAAAGGGUAUAAAGAAAAGGGAUCUUAGCGACAUCGAAUUACGGGAGAUACUAAGUGAACUUUUGCCUCUUGUCAGAAUAGAUCAUAUUUUGCCGCCGAAUAGCGAAGCAUUAGUGCAGGCCAUUAGAAGAGGACUAGUUUCAACGCCACCAAGCCACAUGAUAGGAGACGAAAGAGAUAAUUUGAGGGUGAAUGCUUGGAUCAGAGGAGGAAAGAAAAAUGGAUUUUUUGUAAGGCCAAGGCUAUUCAUGCCGUAUUACGAAGAAAUCAAGCAAAUGCUUCAAUAAUAUUUUUUAUAUCGAAUAGAAUGGAAUGAUAAAAGAAAAAAAUAAUAGACAGGCUAGAUAACUGAUAAUUGAUGUAAGGAUAAAAGACAUAACUUAAUUGAUUGUAUUAUAGUACCAGACUCUGCAACAAUGGCCGCAAUGCUGAAACGAGAGCAGAAAUUGAAACAAUCGCCCAGUUGUCAACGAGCCAUAAGUUUGCCGCUUUCUUCGCGACACGAAAUUAAUCGGCAAGUGCGACUGCGCGUUGUCAGAGAGUUCAAUUUGCCCGAUACCGUGGCCGAUCUUCUCGAAAACACAGCGUCUUACAGUAUGAAAGAGCAAAACGAGCAGAGGAUGACAGAUAUAGAGGACAUUGACUCGCCGGGCAUGGGUAUUCGUGUGAGAACUACCGCCCCGGUGUGUUACGGGAGGAACAUGACAUUUCCUCGGCCGACUUCGUCUUACGCACAUAGACACGAACUUCCAGCUAUAGUGACCGAGGGAGAGAGCUGCAGACUUCUUGCCGAGCAGCAAGAGGGCAAUUCCUGCAGCGACGGCCAGCUGUCGGGCGUGAUGCCGGACGUAGCGAUGGCGACGGCCUCCUUCGGCGCUCUGCAUUUAAUCGAGGAGCAGGAACUGGAAUUGGAUCUCGGUGACGGGGCGUCGCACCUCUUACCGCACGUUUCCCCGUCGGGCGGCGGAACCAUCGAGCCGGCUGCCCACCGGUCGUCGCUUCCCCAUCAGCAUCAAAGGCACUUCUCCGGCCCGCCGCCUCCACCUUACGUGUAUCAUCGUGCUGGCACUGCCUUACCGAGGUUUAUUUGAAAUUUAUAUACGAUAUGCGGAUGGAGCGAGCAACGCGGCAACUACUGACGAUCCUCCCCUUUGCAUUUCUUCUUCUCUCUCUUCUCUCCUUCUUUCCCUUUCGCCCCCUUAUUAUUACAUAGCUUCUCUCUAUCUCUCUCUUUCUCUCUCUAUCGUAGCGUGUAUCGAUGAAACCUUGUUAUUGCGGGUACAAAUUUAUUACAAGGAUAAUUGUAUGUACAUUUUUAUUUAAAGCAAGCUUAAAAAAAAAAGAGUAGAAAGUACUUGGUUUAAGAGUAUCCGUAAUCUUACCGGAUCUGGAAGUUACACUCUCUGUGAACACACAAAAAGAAAAAGAACCUUGAUGCUUAUCGAGUACGGUGCGAACGUAUACAGAGUAUACGAAGGUUUCACACCGUACAAUCUAUAUAUAUAAAUAUAUAAAUAUAUAUAUAAAUAAAAAUAUAAAUAUGAAUAUAUAAAUGUAACUAUUAAGUGCAAUCGUGUAUGAGAAGAAAUUGCGAUUGUGAUUUAUACAUAUAAAAAUGUAAUCGUGAUAUGUGCAUGUGGGUGUACUUAUGUGUAUGCGUGCGCGUAUGCGUGUGUACGUGGGGAACAUAAUGUGUGUUCGCGGUUCUGGCUCUGAAGUGUCAAGACUGCUUAGCAAGAAAGUCUCCAGAAGAGAAAAAAAAAAAGAAACGAAAGAGGAACAAUGUACGGGAUAUUGAAUAAAUCGCGCCUUGUCACAUCACCAUCCUUAUACUCCACAUAAUAAUUAUUACAGGAAAGUGAAAGUGCCGCGUAUUCCUCGUACAUUUGUUUCUUCUCGCAGAGAAAGCGACGGCGGCGAUGGCGGUGGCGGUGGCGGCGGUGGCGGCGGCUACUCACGCGAACGGAGCUGCGAAGCGCUUGAUGACAUUUUGCUAUGCUAAACUUUUUAAUUUUUCCUCUCUUCUAGGGCAGUUUCGAUGUAUGACGGGCUAUAGUAAGGCUGUAAGUACACAAGAGAAAUCCAAUCGAUAAAACAUAUAUCGCGCGCUUAGAGAUGACGUCCGGGGCGCCUCGGGUCGUAAAAAGCGUGCGUGACGUUCACGAUAUUUAAUGGGUUAAUUAAUUAUCGCUAAGUGCCCGGGUGCAUGAGAAUUUUCUAAGAAAAAGUUUUCCAUGAAUUUAAAUGUAACGCUUCCGCCGGCCUUGCCCCGCCGCGGCUUUUGUAAUAUAUCCACAAACAGGGUACGUGCUAUAUACAGGGUGACCCAGAAGUCGUGUAUCAUCUCUCUCGACGAUAGUUGACAAAGUUGUGAAAGCAAAAAACGGCGUUUCAAUCUCGGGAUAUUAUUUCCGAGUUGAAACUGCGCGAAUCUCGGGAAGUUCCUUGGCAAACUCAAUUCAAGGAAUACAUGCAAAUGGUAUAACGAAUUUUUUGCGUAACCUCAAGAAGAAUUUAAUUUAACGGAAGCUAAACUUUCGAGUUAGGAAGACAAGGUACUGAAAUGGCAAUAAUCGAGAAACAAGUGACGUGUAAUUAAAUUGUCACUGAUUUUUUCAUUAGGAAAAAACGAUCGGCCACAUCGGCCUGAUCAAUGAUGAAUUUGCAACGAAGUUUCUUUCUGGGUUACCGUGCGUAUUUCGUUCCGCAAAAGUCAUAAAAUGUCAGACUUUAUUUUAAUACUUCCGUGCAAUGCAAGUAGUAAACGGUGGAAAACUAGUCACUUUCACUUUCGUUUGAAGCAACAACGAUCAGGCGAGAGUUAAUCAUUCUAAGCGUACAGAUUAAUACCGAGAGAUAGUAAUUAUUCCUUAUUUAAUAUGGCUCCUCGGUGUCGACAUGAGAUGUAAUUAUCAUUAAGCUACUCGAUUAUAGAGUCCGUAUAUUCAAAGAAUUCCUUUACCGUCCUUACGUUAAGUAUUCGAAAUCAUUAUUUCCUGCGUAUAUAUAUAUAUAUAUAUAUAUAUUUAUAUAUACAAACCAUAAAUUAAUCGUUCAAUCAACUUUAUCGAUUGUAUUAUAUGUGCGUUUCGUUAUAAUAUAUUUUCUUAGAAGAACACAUUUCCUCCUAGACAGGAAUGAAAUUCGGCGUUGUUAUCACCGCUGGCAUAAAUUGUGAUAUUAUUCGAGAAAGUUAUUGAGUUCGGUCAUAUUGUGGUUUAUAAACGAAUUUCACCAGCAGACCUGGAUUCAGAAGGAUAUAUAUGAUUAUGUAAAAUAUCGUUAACUGUACGCGAGUCGCAUAAGCUAUAAAUACCGGUCGUCUGCUUUGUAAAGCGUAUCACUCGCGUUUACUAUAUUUCACGAAUCGUAAAAUUAAUUGAAUCUGUAUAAUCUGAGAAAGGACGUUUAGAUCGUGAAUUCACGACGGCGUGUCAGAUAAUAUCAAGAGCGACAGUAGUUCGUGAAUCCACGAUCGAUUGGCGAAGUUAUGAUUUAAAUAAAGCAACUAGACCAACUUUUAAGACCAGAAUAAAAAAAGAAUAGUUAUCACGUAGAUAGAUUAAUACUGUAUAGACUGAGGUAUAUCGCGAGAGUAGUAUUUUGACAUUCGUAUAGUUCGUGCGUCGCAAAAAAAAAGAGAAGAAAAGCGAUUUAGGUUCUUCCAUUCAAGACAUUCACCCUUCGUUUUCUUCCACGAAAUUGUUGAUUUUUGUAAGCUCUGUCACAAGGUGUUGCAUUAUGUUCGCUGCAAAAUAAAGUUUUCGGACAGUUUAUCUUUUUUAUGACUCACACGAUAGAUGGCUCGCUAAGAUAUAUUUAAAAAUAAAGUUUAAUAAAUAUUUCAGAAUGGAAAAAAAA